AUGAGGGGUUCUCUGCCAAGACACCUACUCUUACUCCUGCUUCUCCAGAUGUCCAUGUGGAGCUCAGAUUCAUUCUUGGUGGUCGGACCCACGGAGCCCAUCGUGGCCACGCUGGGCUCAGACACGGCGCUGCCCUGUCACGUGACCCCGCCCAUGAGCUUGUUGAACAUGGAGCUGCGAUGGUUCCGAUCGCAGUUCUCCGAGGCUGUGUUCGUGUAUCGGAGUGGAGUGGAACAGACGGGAGAACAGCUGGUAGACUAUAAAGGGAGGACAGAGCUGGUGAAAGACUACAUCACUGAAGGAAGAGUGGCUGUGAGAAUCCACAGCCUCCGUGUCUCCGAUAACGGAAUGUACAAGUGCUUCUUUAAAAAGGGCAGCGAUUUUGAAGAAGCCAUUCUGGAGCUAAGGGUGAUAAGUCUGGGUUCUGGUCCUUUUGUUUCCAUGGAGGGUCCAGAAGACACAGGAAUAAGGCUGAAGUGCACAGGCAAAGGAUGGUUUCCCCAGCCUGAUGUUCAAUGGAGAGAUGCAAAGGGAGAGAAGAUACCAUCUCUCUUUGAGGCCGAGACCCAGGAUGAUGAUGGGUUAUAUCAGAUGGAAGUGUCCCUUAUUGUCAGAGACAGCUCAAACAGAAAUGUGUCCUGCUCCAUGAAGAACCCCUUCUUUGGUCAAGAGCAGGUGAACACCAUUUUCAUACCAGAACCCUUCUUCCCUAGGACCUCCCCUUGGAAGAUAGCAUUUGUAUUGACUUUUAUCAUACUUGGGAUUUUUGUGGGUACUGCUGUUUUCUUGGCUUGGAAAGGACAACAGAAAAACAAGAAAUUGCAGAAACUCAAGAAGGAAAAAGAUGAAGAAAAAGAAGACAAAGAGAAUUUCAAGAUGGAGCUUGACAAAAGGAAAGACUUAUAUCAACAUGAAUGGAGAAAAGCAGAAUUAUAUGCUGACUGGCGGAAGGAGCAGUUCCAACCUGUGGAUGUUACUCUGGAUUCACAAACAGCUCAUUGCAACCUCCAUAUAUCUGAGGAUAGAAAACAAAUUGCAAUACAGAAUGUUCCUCAGAACUCUGAAGCACCAGCACAUCCACAACAAGACAAAUCUGAAGACAUCUUCAGUGUUCUGGGCGAGAAUUGUUUUAGCCAAGGAAGACUUUACUGGGAAGUAGAAGUAAAUUUAUCUGGAAAAGUUGGAACUGGAGCUAGGUGGGCUCUGGGUGUUUGCUCAGAAACAGUGAAGAGAGAUGGGUGGUUUGUAGAGAGUCCAGAGAAGAACUUCUGGGUGGUGAGCUACAAAGAGGGAAAAGUUUGGAUUCCCACCGCCAAUCCCGCCUCCAAUCCAGUUCUGUUGCCAAGGUGUGUCCCCACAAAGAUAGGAGUUUUCUUAGACUGGGAGGGUGGGGAUGUGUCUUUUUAUAACAUGGUUGAUGGAUCCCACAUCUAUUCUUUCAGAGGAAUAAGAUUUUGUGGGAUCCUCCGUCCUUAUUUUAGCCUUCAGGGUGCCGGCACAAGUGUGAUGAUCUGCUCAGAAAAGCAUCCCAAUUCUUCUCCAAAGACCCCUGAGACUCACUUAACAAAUUGUAAUAAUGAUGUCCCGCAAGAAGUUAAAUCUUUAUUACCUCCACCAGAAGAGAAGUGUUAG